UGCCACCCAGGAUCAACAGCCAUCAAAUCCUUCUUUGACUCUUGUUCACUAGUUGGCACCAUUCUUGUUGAAGAAGCCUAUUCGCCAAAAUGUCUCUCUUCUAUCAGAUAGUGUUUGUUAUUCUGGCGGCCGAGAUGGCUCUAUUUACCCUCCUCAUUGCACCACUUCCUUUGAGUCUCAAGCGUCAGUUCCUGAUAUGGAUGUCCAAAAGCCCCGUAAUAGCGCAAGCGAAGCAGUGGCUGAAGAUUGUAUUUGUAUACGUCUUCAUUAUGUUUCUGGACAGCUUGAAUCGGACGAUGCGGAAGGAGGAUGCGAAUCCGACCGAUCACCAUCACGACCCUUACCAUCGUGCCCGACUCUUUUAUGAUCAGCGCAAUUUGUACUUGACUGGAGCGGUACUAUUUUUGUCACUGCUGUUGAACCGCUUUUUCUCGAUGAUUACUGAGCUGGUCACCAACGAAUCAAAAGCAGAGGUUUUAAAGCAACAAGCCGCUAAGCAGUCCAAGGAAUACAUGCGUCUGCUGGAUAAGGAGCAGGAUCGCGAGAAGGAGAUCGCUGAUUUAAAGAAGGAGCUUGAAGAAGCGAAAAAGCAAAUUCGUGAGGUGGAAAUCGUGAAGAAACAGGCGAAGCAGACACAUGAUGAGUACAUGCGAUUGACCGAUCGCUAUGUGGAGCUAGAGAGGAAGCUCGGUGGAUCCGAUGACGCCCGAAAGUCUAGAUGAGACACUUUGGCCGACAAUUUGCGACAUGGUCCACGGGCUUCUGCCGUGUAGGAAAUGGGUCCAAUGGACUGAAAGAUCAUCGUAGGCAUUGUAGAUUGUGAUCAAACUCGUGAAUGAACAUAUAUUCAGUUGGGCAGGAAUUUAUCGGUAUUUACUUACAAUAAAAUAUUGGAUGCGUUCCUCUUCUCGCAUGGCCAACAAGCCGACCGAAUGUGCUUGGCCGCAACGAGC